AAUGCUUGUUUCCAAAAAUUCAGACACUGAAAAUGAAAAUAACACAAACUCAUAAACACCAAGACACAACCUAUCAUUCAAUGCUAUAUAAAAAGAAGAUUGGGCUUAAAUUCUCGAAGAAAAAUCUAUAAAUGAUUUCAGGUAGAAGGAUCUAACUUUAGCCUUGUUUUAUUCAGCUUUUCUUAAUACAUCAGAGUAAUAUAACAAUAUAUACUUAGUCAUAUCAAUUUAAUGCAUGUAUUCUCUUAAUUAAAAGACUUUGAAAUGCCUAACCCUCAAGAACCCAGUGCUUAUUAUGCAGAAUUGAUUGAUAGGGAUGUUGGAAGAACUUAUUAAUAAAUUCCAUAUUUUAAAGUCAAAUAAAACUAAGACUAAUUAAGACAGCUCCUACUUAAUUAUGCAGAUUAUGAUCCAGAUGUUGGUUAUGCUUAAGGAAUGAACUUCAUUGCUGGAACUUUAGUUUAUUUUUAAGUUCCUUAACCAUAGAAAAUAUUUAAUGAAUUAAUCUAGAAUCAUAGAAACAAUUAUAUAUCUGGAACUCCAGGUUUAUUUGAAAAUUUAGCAAAACUGAAAUUUAAAUUAAAGACUUCCAUUCCAAAAUUAUUUAAGCAUCUUUAAGAAAUUGGACUAAAUGAUUUGGGUAUUUGUUUUAGUCCAUAUUAUUUAACUAUGAUGUUGUAAAAUACACCUUUUUAAUACUAAAUGCUCAUCUUAAAUAUUUAUUAACUUAUGGGUUAAAAAUAUAUUACUAAAUUGUUAAUUGCUAUGCUAAAGCUUUCUAAAAAUACUAUAAUGAAAUUAAAGGAUGUAGAAAAAGUUAACAAAUACAUAAGAACCGAAUUAGUAGUUAACUUUUUCUAAGAAAUCGAAAUUUGUAGAAAAGAAUAAAGACUUAUCUAACUACUAUUUAAUAUUGGAUUAAUAAAGCGUGUUAAUCAAUAUUGA